CGUGUUUAAAACCAGAGCAAAGAAGAACAAAGAAGCAUGAUCAAAUCAAUUUGUGAUCAAUCAUGACAACUAUGCCGCCGACUACUGUAAUUCAAGCAGUAUCAUCAAUUCAUUACAGUAAUCUAACCUCAGUAUCAUCAAUUCAUGCUCUUAAUCGUUGCAAAAUCUUCAAUUCCAGUUACCCACUUGCCAUUCCUCCUCGGAAACUCUCAAUGAGAGCAGAGGCAGCGCAAUCAAUAUCCGGACAAGUCCAGGACUCCGUUUCCGUAAAUCAACGGCGGAAGAGAAUCAGCCGUCCUCAAAAUAUCGACGGCGAGUUCUUCGUUGAUCAUACUUGUAUUGACUGCGAUACUUGUCGUUGGAUGGCUCCUGAAGUCUUCACUCGAGUGGAUUCUAUGUCAGCUGUUUUUAAACAACCAGAAGGAAAAGAGGAACGAUUGAAGGCACUUCAGGCCUUACUUGCAUGUCCUACGAGCUCAAUCCAUACAAAAGAACCUGUUCGUGAUAUUCUUGAAGUUCACAAGACAUUCCCCAUCCCCAUAGAUGACCAAAGGAUACCUGGGGUGUAUCACUGUGGAUACCAUUCUGAGAAUUCAUACGGAGCAACUUCCUACUUAAUCAUUCAUCCUAAUGGAAAUAUACUUGUAGACAGCCCUAGAUACAAUGAGAGGCUUGCAUCUAACAUUCAGAAAAUGGGUGGAGUGCAGUACAUGUUUCUCACUCACAAGGAUGAUGUGGCUGAUCAUGAUAAGUGGUCGGAGCGGUUAGGUUGUCAACGAAUCCUACACUCAGGAGAUGUAAACACUUAUACAUCUGAUGUAGAAAUCAAGCUUGAAGGAGGUGGACCAUGGAGCCUUAACGAUGAUAUUGAACUAAUACAUGUUCCUGGUCAUACAGAAGGUUCAGUUUGCUUGUUUCAUAAAAAACUCAAGGUCCUCUUCACUGGCGACCAUCUUGUGAUCGACGAAUCUAACCAAUUGAACACUCUGGACAUGUACAAUCAUUUCUCAGUUUCUGGACAGUUGGAAAACGUUAGGAUGUUGCUUAAAUAUGACUUUGAAUGGAUACUACCAGGCCAUGGAAGGAGAAUCAUAUUUAGAGAUAUGAUGGAGAAGAAUUCUACUUUAGAAGCAUUUUUGAAGGCUAAGAAGUUUCCCUUAGUCUAGUACUUUAUAAGCUCUCUCCCGUUUACUCACUGUUGUUGUUGUUCCUCGUAAAUUUGUGGUUUACUAUAUGUUGUUCCUCGUAAAUUUGUGUUAAUAUAUAUUCAAUAACUACCAAACCUAUUUGGAGACACUAUUUUAAUAAAUUUGUAAGGUGAGACUUGAUCCGACUAAAAUGUCACCCAUAAUAAAUGUAUUGAGCUAGUUGUGGUUUUAAGU